AUGUCAUCUACCGACGAUCAUCCAGCAAGGGGAAAUAGCGUGACUGGUAGCAACAAUCCACGCUUAUCACCAGUGAAGCGCAAAUACCAACGACGUCGUCACUAUAGACGAGGAGAAGGGCGAGACCAGGGUUCACCACAACAGCUGGCCAAACUCAUGGCCAAACAGCAAUCACUGUCCGACAACCCAAUGGGUCUAAAGGGAAGACCGUCAUAUAAGCGUCGUCGUUUGUCCAACAGUGUUAACAACCCAGAAUUUCGUAUUAGAGGUCUCGGACAACAUCAUGUUCUGGGAUACGAGUCACCAGUGUCGGAUGACCCAGCAACACUGACUGAUACACCAUCUAUCCAGGAAUUCGCACGCGAAGAACUACUUGUUAAGAAGAACCCGCUCAUGAAGAACACUUGA